ACUCUAGCAGUAGCAGUAAAGUCCGGGUCGAAUAUUUACACGGCCUGCAAAGUUCAUCGCUCGCAUUUUUUUCUUUAUUUUGGGGAGCGUGUGUGCGGACGUGAUAACCUCCUGUGAGAGAUAUUGUUUCGAUUUUUUUUUUUUUUGAAAGUGAUCGUUUCAUUGGUCUCAAGGAUCCGGAAGCCGAUGAAAUGGUGACAGACGAGGUGCGAUUAGUGAAAUUGGAAAUAGCAACACGCGCGAUGUGAUGUAGUGAGUGAUGACCCACUGAGAUGUUUUAUUGGCAACAACCCAUGUGAAGAAUUGGCACGUAGCAAAGUAAGUGAGAAGCUUAGAAGAGAAAAAAAAACUGUGGUGUGCGAUUUAUUUUGCAAUCCGUGGCGGGUUGAUUCACUGUCGGAGGGCUGUGCGGAAUUCCCCCCCAAAACAGCGCGAGUGGGCGAGUGAGCGGGCGAACGAGCGAGCGAGCGAGCGAGCGAACGCAGAGGUAAUAAUCGAUCGAGAGUGCGUUGUUUAUGGAGGAAAGUGAGUUGUUUUGAUAACCGGCAUAAAAGGGGGAGAUUACUUGAGUGGUUGGUGGGCAAAGAAAAGCAAUCUGCUAAUGUGCGAAUUAUCACUCCCGGUUUUCAUCCCGAGUGCGGUGCCCUGCUGCUGCUGCUGCUGCUUAAGGCAACAACUGCCAGUGCGCUAAAGUGACCCCGAAAAUGUUCUUGUUUUGUUGUGCUGAAAAAGAAGAGAAACAUCGUCGUGGUAAUUGUGGUAUAAUCCGGCGAGCAGUACGCGAACGAAUUAAGCCAUCUUUCCAGUGGGACAAAAGAGUGUGUUUGUGAGUGAACGCAAAAUGAGCAAUUCUUUCGCACCGAAACUACUGGGUGGCACAGCAGCGAAAAUUUAUUAGCAGCAGGAAGUUCUGAAGGCCGGCCAGUCAGUCAGUGUUUCGCAAAUUGGAGGACAUCGUAUCGUGCAGAAAGCCCGAAAAGCCAUGAGCAUUAACGAUCCCAACGAUUACAGUUUCAAAUCGAGCAAAAUGGUGCUGCUGAAGGAUUUGACGGCGAAGCUGAAAGGAUAUCUGUUCACUGGUGAUUACAUCAAACAUCCGGUCCUGUACGAGCUCAGCCACAAGUAUGGACUGGCGGACAACCUACCGGAGAGCCUGCUGCCCAAUCGGCUGGAGGAAAUCAAAGAAGCCAUCAGACGCGAAAUCAGAAAAGAGCUCAAAAUCAAAGAAGGAGCCGAAAAACUGCGAGAAGUGGCCACCGACCGGCGGUCGCUGUCGGACGUAGCAUCAAUAGUCAAAAAAAGCAACAACAAAUUGGCCGAACUGAAGUCGGAACUGCACGAGCUGGAAAGCCAGAUCAUACUGACGCAGGGCAACAGUGUUAGUAGCAGUAAUGGACAAGACAUGAUCCCCUCGCCGGUCACACCGAGCGGUCCGGAACUGACACCCAACGACAAACUGCUCAUUUCGCUGGAGAAACAGCUUAGCAUAGAGACCAAGGUGAAAAAUGGAGCGGAAAAUAUGAUCCAAUCCAUCUCGAGCGGGCACCACGGGCGGGACAAGAAACUGCUCGCCGAAGCGCACCAGAUGCUGGCCGAUUCCAAAGCAAAGAUCGAAUUCCUCCGGUUGCGGAUACUGAAGGUGCGACAGAACAAACUGAACCAUAAAGUUUCGGAGGAAAAUGGCGAAAACAAGCCGCGAGAGCUGGAGAACUCGCUCGAGGAUCGGAUCGACGAGCUGCGGCAUCGGUUGCGGAUCGAGGCUGCCGUCGUAGACGGGGCGAAAAACGUCAUCCGGACGCUGCAGAGUACGAAAACCAUCGACAAAAAGGCACUGCAAGAGGCUCAAACCCGUCUAUCGGAAUCGUCCCGCAAGUUGGACCUGCUGCGGAAAGCAUUAGAGCUGCGCCGGUUGGAGCUUCCGCAGGACUCCCAGGCGGCGAUCCAGCUGAAAGCGGAACUGCAGAAUGUGCAAGCCUCCAGUCCGGUGCCGGUGCAGUACACCUCGCUGCAUCCGUUCCGUGGCUCGACUCAGGGCAAGCCGGCUCACAGUUUGUCGUUCAGCCGGUGUGCUGCCGUCACCGGAAAGCUGGAGGUUCGGCUGAUGGGCUGUCAGGAUUUGCUGGAGGACGUUCCCGGGCGAUCGCGGCGUGACAAGGAUUCCAACUCCAGUCCGGGAGAUUUGAAGAGCUUCGUCAAGGGCGUCACCAGCCGGAGCUCGUCCAAGAGUUAUAGUGUUAAGGAUGAAACAUCGUCGGAGAUUAUGGCUGUUAUUAAGUUAGACAACAUCACGGUAGGUCAGACCUCGUGGAGGCCCUGCUCGCAGCAGGCAUGGGAUCAGCGCUUCUCAAUAGACCUAGAUCGAUCGCGCGAGCUCGAGAUCGGCAUCUACUGGAGGGACUGGCGUUCGCUAUGUGCGGUGAAAUUCCUCCGGUUAGAGGAAUUCAUCGACGAUAUCCGGCACGGGAUGGCUCUGCAGCUGGAACCGCAGGGUCUGCUGUUCGCCGAAAUCAAAUUUCUUAAUCCGAUGAUAUCGCGCAAGCCAAAGCUGCAACGCCAGCGAAUGAUUUUCAACAAACAACAGGUUAAGAACAUCCCCCGGGCCAAGCAGAUGAACAUCAAUGUGGCAACGUGGGGUCGUCUGCUGAAACGAAACACCAACACACCAACGGCUGGAACCGUUGGUACGCAACCAAUUGUCACAACGCCAUCAACGCCUAGCUCAGCUUCCGUCACGUUUGAUCCGGUCGUGGAAAACGAUCCAGCCGAAACGCUAGGAGAAUCGGCGGACUUCAACACCGUUGGUCUUGGCGGAGGAAGGCCCCUCGGUAUCCAUGGCGUGGCCGUUCUCCCCGAAAGUCCUUCAUCACAUUCGUUACAGAAUCAGCUCAUUUCGCCGACUGGAACGCCCGCUGGGCUGCGACCGCUUCAGCAAACCCAAUCCAUCAGUACACCUCCGAGCUUCCGCCAGAAGAAACCUCCAAUGCCAUCCCCUCCAUCACAACCCAUCACCAGCCCGGUGGCGGCUGCUCCGACAGGAUCCAGUAAACUCGAUCAAGAGUUACAGAACGUCCUGAGAGAAUUCGAUUUCCUCCACCAGCAGCACGAUAGUCCCAGCAGUGAAGAAGUUCUGCUGACUCAACAACAACAACAGCAGCGGCAGCAGUACGACGAGAUGGCACCGCAGUUUGCCAGUCAACGAACCCGCUCCGCCGAAGAAGAACAGGAAGCAGAAGACGAUGAUGACUACGAUGUACCGCCUCCGCCGCUGCCGGAAUCUCCCCCACCGCCGUUGCAGAAAAGCCUUUCCGGCGAUCUGUUGCGGCCGGUUCUUUCGAUGCCACCGGUAGUGCUUAUGGGAGGAGGCGGUGGCGGAGGUGGCAAUCGCGAUAGCUACAUCUCCUACACGACUGGAACGCCAAUCAUAGAGGAGCCACCGUCGCCCGCUCCGCGGGUAGAUUUUCCCUUCGAGAAGUAUGACUCGUACUCGGUGGCGACGGCUGAAGAGGAGGACGGCUGCUGUAUCGUCGAUGGCGGUGGUGCGGCGACGUACGACGAAAUAAUCGAGAUUGUCCAACCAUUCGAGCAGCUGGGCGUAUCGAGCAAUGUUGUACCACUGAAACCACAUCACCACUCGCAGAGUCAGCCGCCGUCGGCGGCAGCAGCAGCAGCCGCACUCCAGCAUCAACAGCAGCAGCAAUACUACCAGCAACAGCAAUUGCUGCUACAGCAGCAGCAACAACAACAACAACAGCAGCAACAGCAACAACAGCACCAACAACACCACCAUCAACCGCAUCCACAGCAGCAGCAACCACCGUCGCUGCAUCCACUCGACAUAGCCGCCGCCGCCGUAGCCGGUCCGGCCAUGGUGCCACCCAACCGAAGGCAAGGACCGGCCGCUCGAGCUCUCCAGUAUCGCGACAGUGCCUACGAAAGCCGCCGGCAGUCACAGGCGGGAGCGACCGGCAUGCACAUCGAUAGCUUCCAGCUGCUGAGCGUACUCGGCCGGGGCCACUUCGGUAAGGUGAUUCUCGCGCAGUACAAAAAUACCGGCGAGUACUUUGCGAUCAAGGCGCUGAAGAAGGGUGACAUUAUCGCGCGGGACGAGGUGGAAUCGCUGCUCAGUGAGAAGCGCAUCUUCGAGGUGGCCAACACGAUGCGGCACCCGUUCCUGGUGAAUUUGUUUGCAUGCUUUCAGACGGAGCAACAUGUCUGUUUCGUGAUGGAAUACGCUGCGGGAGGGGAUUUGAUGAUGCACAUCCAUACGGAUGUGUUUUCGGAGCCACGUGCCGUGUUCUAUGCCGCGUGUGUCGUGCUUGGACUGCAGUAUCUGCACGAGAGCAAGAUUAUCUAUCGUGAUUUGAAGCUCGACAAUUUGCUGUUGGACACGGAAGGUUACGUGAAGAUUGCCGAUUUUGGAUUGUGUAAGGAAGGUAUGGGCUUCGGUGAUCGGACGGGGACCUUCUGUGGUACCCCGGAAUUCCUAGCACCGGAGGUGCUAACCGAGACGUCUUAUACGCGAGCCGUCGACUGGUGGGGUUUGGGUGUGCUGAUAUUUGAAAUGCUUGUGGGAGAAUCGCCAUUCCCCGGUGACGAUGAAGAGGAAGUAUUCGAUUCGAUCGUCAACGAUGAAGUGCGAUAUCCGAGGUUCCUGUCGCUGGAAGCGAUAGCCAUCAUGAGAAGGCUACUGCGUAAGAAUCCCGAAAGGCGGCUCGGAUCUUCCGAAAGGGACGCCGAAGACGUCAAACGGCAAGCAUUCUUCCGGAACAUUGUCUGGGACGAUCUAUUGCUCAGAAAAGUGAAACCUCCGUUUGUGCCAACAAUUCGCUCCCCGGAGGACGUGUCCAACUUCGACGAGGAGUUCACGUCGGAAAAACCGCAGCUGACGCCACCGAAGGACCCUCGGGUCCUGACCGAGAACGAACAGACUUACUUCAAGGACUUCACCUACACGGCGGACUGGUGUUGACAGUGAGCGGCUGCUGCUGCUGCUGAGUAGUGUUUAGUGUAGUGAACCCCCGCGCCGUCACCCAGAGUCGGGUCAGUUGUUUUCGGCCCAUCCAUCAUUGUGGUCCCCUAUCGGAGCAGCUAAUCAGCCAAACCUAUUUCCUUACUAUUACUGACUAGAAGCGCCGGUUAAAUGUGGAUGCUUGAAGGCGCAUUAUCAUUCAAUUGUUAAAAUCUAGUGUUAAUCAAGCAAUGUAACAAAAGAACAAACAGAAAAAAUCGUGGUAGGUAAUUAUUGUUCGAGUUGCAAACCCGGCAGGAAACGUUUUUGGUAAUUGUGAAGUCUUCCGAAAAUAUCAAGACGAAAAGCGUCAGGAAUAUCCACAACCACACAGAGAGGAACCUACUCACGUGCGUAUUAAUUUAUUGUUUUUUGAUACGAAUUUAAGCUUAACCGUUAUCGUUGAAAGCAAAAAAAAAUGGAAACAAAUAAACACUCACACUCAAACACAUGCCAGACAGGAGGCGGAAGCGGAAGGCGGCACAAAAUUGCUUGUGUAAAAUGUUGUUGCAUUGUAGUAGCAGUUGAAAUCAAUAAAAUCGGUGAGGUGCCUUUUCAAUUGCUGUGUUGAAUUGUUCCGUGCAGAUGCAGAGUUAUGCGAGAUUUACAGGAAAGGAAGGAUAGGAAUCGUUUGUAGAAAGACCGCAAGUUAGAGCGUCAAGAUUAUUAAGUUUAGUUGAUAGUUGAAUGCUUAGUUUUUUUUUAUGCCUUAGUGUGUAUGAUUUUUUCUGUAUUAUAGUAAAAUUAUUGACCCUAAUCUGAAUACACAUACAUGCAUACAACGUUAAUCAUUUGAUCAUGGUUUUCCCCGCAGGAAUUAAAAUAAUUACGAACGGCUCUACCAGAGCGACGUGCGAGGAACGAAUUUUGUCUAAUCUAUAAAUUCCUAUUUAUGAAGGUGUACACACACUUCUGUGCUUUCUUGUUUGCCUACCCCUUCGAUGGCAUUUGGAAAGCAACCUUUAUUUUUUUUGUUAUAUUUAAGUUUUUUUUUAUGUCAAGUCACACUUAAACGCACCGCGUAGGAAUUGCUAUUCUAUUAAGUAAAGCUAAAAGGCAACAUAGUGAAAAGCACCUAUAAAUAAAUACUACUAUUCAACUAGCUUAUAGGCAAAAGUGGACUCAGUUGCUGCUGCAGAUAGUAGGCGUUGUUAAUUUUCUAACGUAAAAUUUUUUACGCACGCAAAACCACACACACACACGCGCAUAGACAUGCACCCACACAAAACGUGAUUUUAAAAUCAUUUAUCCAGAAAAAACAGAAAGUUUAAACAUACAUUUGAAAAAAGUCUAAACCGAGAAUCAUAAAAUGGGAUUGUUGGAGCAGAACAAAAGAAUGUGCAAAGUGGAACCAGGCGCGAGCGACUAUGAAAAUGUACUAAUAGUUGUUUAUUGAUUAAAAAAAAGAAAACAAUUUAUGCAUUUUUUGAGAAUAACAGAUA